CCCCCAUUUCAGGAACGCGAUCAGCUAUGCAAAGGGCUGCAUUAUACUCAGGAGCCUGACAAAGCAUCACGUCUUCGGAGUCAUAGUCCUAGCCAAACACUACCUGAUGCCCCUCGGGUUCACUUAGAAUGUCCGUCUCAGGUGUUCUCGUACUGCCUUGAGGACUUGGAUACACCAAGUCUGAAUAAACUCGGCGAGAAGUUGUGGUGGACGGGUCCAUCUCCAGUAAUUGUAUCCUUGACUCAGCAACUGGCCCUCGAACGAAGGUUACAAGUCAUUGAAGACCCAUCAGUACAUCUACUGUGGACCGGGACCGAUAGUGUCAUCUAUGUCAAGCCACUGCCAGCAUACCUAACCUCAUUCGCGUUCUGGAGGUAUUUGCUUGACCCUGCCAACAGCGACAUCAACUCCGAGGAGCGGGAUCGAUUGCAGGCCACGUCCCUAGGCUUCCUCAAGACGUAUGCCAGCCUCAUUCAGAGGCGAUCGGAUUUCAACUUAGCUCGACGACACGACCUACUCGCAUCUUUCGGCAACACUUCGUUUGAGGCGUUCAUAACUUUCAUCUCGCAGUUUGACUCGGUUCCCGAUAGUGCAAUCAGCUCUCGAUGGCGCUAUGGGCUUCUUCAGUUGGACGCCUUGAACUUCCAUUCGGCAAUACACCUGCGCCGCUGGCAUUUCAACCGCUUCGAAUCUCGGUACGGCACGUACUUUCAGCGUUUCUUCCCUGUGUUUUUGUUUAUCUUCGCCUUGCUCAGCGUGAUGUUGAGUGCGAUGCAGGUU